AUGAGGACUAGGCGGAAAAGCCAACGUAUAGCUGGUAAAUGGAAAUCAAGAUUUGUAAACAAAGCAGAAGACCCAAUUAUAUGUUCUGAUGAUGAAGAAACUGACAAGAUGAAGAAAGGUGACAUCCAGAUCAUUGACCAUGAAAAGGCAACACAUGCGUUCGGAGAGGAUAGAAGAAAAAAGCAGUUUAUAUUAGAGAGAGCUGAGUACUUUCGGAGACUAAAAGAAAAAUGGCGUAAAGAAGAGUCAGGCCAUAAGAAUAAAGAGGGGGAACGUGCCAACGCAUCAGUUAAUGAAGAGUUCAAUAAGAGUUAUGACGAUGGUAAUUCAACAAGAAAGAAUCAGAAAUGUGAGACGAGCAACGAAGGUGACAAUAACGAAGAGACUGAAAACAAAGGGAAAUGUGCUGGUGAGGGUGAUACAACGAAUAAAAGGACAGUAGCUUCUGAUGCAGGUGAAAUGAAAGAUGACAAGGGAGAUAAAAGAAACCGGGUGUUGGAUGAUUUGUUUAAGUAUAAAACCCGGCAUUCCAAGAAAGAAGAUAAGCGCAAAAAAUUGAAAUCUGUAAAGCGUCGAAGAGGGAAAAAAAUCAUCAGUUGCCCGGGAUUAGGACGCGAACGUCACCAAAGAAGUUGUGCGAAGCUAUUAAGAAGAUGA